AUAUGCGCAAGUGUUAUCAGUGUCCCCUGUUUGCGGGUAUAACUCGUGUGUACAGGUGUCAUAGGCUAUAAGAACGACCACGCUAUUCUAUACAGAAGUAGUUGCACAAAGCAUUACAUGAUAACGACAUGACGAAAUUCUAUUUGGCAUUGGCAGCCCUAGCAGUGGCUUUGCCGACACCGAUUUUUGCAAUAGAUGCAAAUUGCGAUUACUACCAGGUCGUCCAGCCCGGUGUGAAGUAUUACGUUUUUAACAGCGAAUAUCCGAAUCGCUAUACUUCGGCAAGAUCAUGUCGGUGGUACGCGAGAAGUCCUACGAAGGUCAAACUGACUUGUUCGGUGUUUUCGCUACCAGCGUCGAGCAACUGCGUGAGGGACAGAGUUGCGAUUUCUCCAAGCGGAGAUCUGCAGCUCGCUGAUGCCCACAAUUAUUGUGGAACCGGAACCUUCAGUAUUACAUCGGAUAACCACGAUAUGAAUAUCGUUUUCACUUCGCUUUUUGGUACCGCCGGAGGAAGAUUCUACUGUACCCUCGAAGCCACAACGGUGAACCCUACGUGCAACUGUGGAUGGAAAAAGCAGACAAGAAUCGUUGGCGGUGUAAGAGCCGGCGUUAACGAAUUCCCAAUGGUAGCUGCACUGAUCGAUCUUUCGAAUCGACUGUUGUUUUGCGGAUCAACGAUUAUAUCCGAAAAGUAUGUUUUGACCGCCGCUCACUGUCUAUUUAGGCAACAGGCUGGAAAUAUCGCGGUUUUGGUUGGUGAUCACGAUACUUCAACCGGUGCUGAUACUUCGGCCUCUUCCAUUCAUCAAGCUUCUAAUAUCAUUAUUCAUCCAGCGUACAACUCUGAAACCCAAGCAAAUGAUAUUGGUAUCGUCACUGUAGUAGACACUAUUGUUUAUACGAUGGAGGUAGGCCCCGCUUGUCUUCCGUUCCGAUUUGCCGACACCGACUUCACCGGAAGUAUAGUAGAUGUGCUUGGUUGGGGUACACUGGAGUUUGCUGGCCCGACGUCCAACGUCUUGCAGAAAGUGAAAUUGAACAUCACGUCACUCACGAGUUGCCGACGAUCUUUUCCGGAAGUAACGACUAACCAAGUUUGCACUUACACAAGGGGUAAAGAUGCUUGCCAGUUUGACAGCGGCGGCGCUCUUCUUUGGCAAAAUCCGAAUACGAUGAGAUUAGUUGGCAUUGGAGUGGUCAGUUACGGUUUGAUUUGCGCCGAUACUACUCCCGGUGUGAACACAAGAGUCGGUGCUUACAUGAACUGGAUAUUAUCUGUUACUCCAGGUGCGGAUUAUUGCAGAGUUGAGUAAAAGCCUGGAUAAUCGCUUUUAUCACAAAUACGCGCCGAUUAAUUUCCGGUAAAUAACCAUUGUACAUAGAAAAAGAAAAAUAAACAAUAUGUAUAAAAAUAA